AUGCACUUCAAAUACCUCGCCGCCACCGCUUUCGCGGUCGCCGUGACAGCCGCCCCAACUGCCCAUCAGCCCGGAGUUGCAGUCGAAGCCAAGCGCGAAGCCCACAACGAGGGCUACGGCCACAACAAGAACACCUGGGGCUCCGGCGGCACCUGGGGCGACAACGCAAACCGCCCCAGCAACUAUGGCGGCCGCGCCGACGGCUACAAGGCGAAGCGUGAAGCUCACAACGAGGACUAUGGCCACCAGAAGCAGGACUGGAACCACGGAAAGAAUAAUGGUCAGGGCUGGAACCAUGGCAAAGCCCAGGGCUACGGUCAGGGCCAGGGACAUCACGGUAAUGGCUGGAAGGAGAAGCGCGAUGUUGACAAGCGCUCGGCUAAGCCUGGCUGGGGUGGUGGUGGCGGUGGAGGCGGCGGUGGCGGUGGUGGUGGAUAUGGUAAUGAUGGGUAUGGAGAUGGAAAUGAUGGGUAUGGAAAUGAUGGAUAUGGCAAUGAUGGGUAUGGGAAUGAUGGACAUGGAAAUGACAACAAUGAAGGAGACUGCUGGGGCGAUAACUGUGGCGACAAUGGUGGUUGGAACGACGACUACUACAACAGCAACAACAGCAAUGGUGGAUGGAAGAAGGAGUAA